AUGGGUAUUCCAUCCUCCCUACCCACAAACCCUAACCCCAGCCCCAGUCCGCCGCUCUCUCAGUCGCUACCACUGCAAACGCCGCCGCUACCUCAGUCACCACCGCCUCAGUCACCACCACUACCCCCAAGCCAAACACCAACUCUCAUUCUGCCGACUCCCCUCUCGUCGCAAACUGAACCGCAAAAUGAAACACCUAUUUUCGACACUCAGUUCCCAAAACCAAUGCCUGAACCUGAGCCUACUCAAACGAAGUCUAAAGGUAAAACUAAAAAGGCUGCAGGUAGACCCAAGAAAACCCCUGUCAGAAAAUGGAAAAGAGUACCCUCUGUUCCUUUCGACCUAAACUCUCCACCUCAACCUUCCUCUGAACCAGUCAGCAAAAGGACUAGGUCCUCCUCGCAAAUUCCACCACCAGCGGUCCAAACACCUGUAUCUCAGUCGCCCUUAAGCUCUCCAGCAGCACCUGUGUCAUCUGCCGAUAAUAUAGAGGAGGUACUCUCUCUAUUACCUUGGGCUUUUAAGGAUAUGGAUAUAAAAAAUGCUUAUGAGAAAUUAGCUUCUAAACCUAUUUUGGCAAACAAAUAUAUGGAUGAGCAUAUUUUAAAGGAAUUAGGCAUUUAUGACUCUGUAUUUGCCUAUUUGGAUGCUAUCAGCUGGACUAAAUUUGCUAGGAUUAGGGAACCAGUAAUAGCAAGUUUCACUAUCCAACCAUCUGUUGCCUCACCUGACACCACAGAAAUCCUUGCUACCUUGAAGAGCUUAGAAGUCAAAAUUGAUACCAUGGGUCAGCAGCAGGGCUUGAAGCAGACCCUGGUGCAGCAACAAAGCCUUGACAGCAAAGCUUGA